CGAGCAAUAUAAAGAUGGCCGCGCACAGGAAAUCAUGAGAAUGCACUGCCACUGCCACUGGGAGACAUCAGAAGAUAUGACAACAUGCAACACUCGUACACAUUAUUCUGAUGAGUAAACUGGUUGAAAACUGCAUAAAAGAUAGGAACACACACAAUAAGGUUGCUACAUAGCACAAUACAGCGGCGAUGGCUGUACGAUACACGCGUCUACCAACUGAUGACGACUCCGGCGGGGAAAGCAUAUCAUUUGAGUCGCCAUUCCAAUAUGGAAGAACUGCAAAUUACGGUUCAGCAUUUGAGUUUGGCAAUGACCGGAGUUCUAAGUGGAAAUCGAUUUUUUCUUAUGGACUCAAGUGGGAGCCAACUAUAUCAUCUAUUGAAAAGUCAUACAAUCCACCUCUGCUGACGCGGUGUUGUGAACGGAUCAUCAUUGCGUUCUGCUAUGUACUUGUUGUCAUCACCCUGCCAAUCUCAGUCAUCAUUUGUUUCAAGAAUCUGAAGUUGUACGAACGAGCUGUUAUCUACAGAUUGGGACAUCUCAUGCUGCCUGCUUGUGGCCCUGGCUUGGUGAUAAUAUUUCCCUUUGUGGAUUCGUGGUCCAGGAUAGACCUGAGGGUUAGAGCUUUCAAUGUGCCACCGCAACAAGUGAUCACGUCGGACGAGGGAGCUGUCGAGCUGGGAGCCGACGUGCAGUUCCGUAUCAGCGACGCCGUGUUAUCGACGAGCACUGUUCAGGACCUGAACCACGCGACGCGCGUGCUCGCACAGACAACGCUCACGAACGUCGUGCAGCGCCACACGGUGGCCGCGCUCGGCCGAGACCGCGCCGCCGUCACCACCGAGCUGCGCGAUGCCGUCAACGUGAUGACGCGCUCGUGGGGAGUCGAGAUCGGACGCAUCGAGUUGUCACAAAUGAAAAUACUGAAGGAGCCGACGACCGCUCAUGCGAAGGUUAUGUCCGUGCUGCAGAGUCUACUGGGACUGGAGGGUUCACCUUCUGAUCUGAGCAUGCUCUAUGCUAACCCAGACCGAGCUGCACCCACCAAUCAGCUGUCAUCUGCACCUGACGUGACGUCGGGAACCCCGGCGACGGAGAGCGUGGAGCAGAGGGCGCCAGGGGUCACAGCCGAGCAGCUGGUGCAGGCAGUGCGGCCCUACCUCAGCGCCACGCUGGUCGGUGCCGUCGGCGCCACCUACCAGUUCAACGUGGCGGGCGUUGCCGGUCCCGACGUGUUUCACCUUGAUCUCAAGAACGGCAGCGGUUGUGCGGGCGCCGGCGCGCUCCCUAGUGCGACCCCUGACGUGACCUUUAACCUCAGCAUGGGCGACCUGCAGCGCAUGCUGUGCGGUCAGCUGAAGCCGCUGGACGCGUACAUGUCCGGCGAGCUGACCAUCGAGGGCAGUCUCCAGGAUGCGCAGCGCCUCAGUCUACUCCUGGACGCCGUGCAGGUCAAGUGAGGUCGCAGCAGGGUCAGACAAGGUCACGGUUGUCCGCGUCGAUGCUGAAUGCGUUCGGUUGGGCAGAUCUUUACGUGAAGCUUUUGUGAUUUAUUAAAUGUCUUAUAUAGAUGUGCAUUGUCCAUUAUGAAACUGUGUUGUAUAAUAUCGCAUAACUGUAUCAAUUGUAUUAAUUUAAAUUCAUGAUCCAGGGUUCGAAAUCCUAACGCGGGCCCGAUGCCCGUAUUUUAAGGCUCGGGCCUGACAUUUUUAAUGCUAGCAGGCCUGACAGGCCCGUAGAAAAUCCACCCCAGCAUGCAACAAGCAGCAUGCACUAGUGAUCUCAGCGCCGGAUUCAAAAAGAAAUGUGUUCGCAGAAAAUUUAGAACACCUCGCGCACAACUUUAGUUGUCAUUUAAUAAACGUGCGUGGGAGGUUCGUACGCACUGGUUAGCACAGGUUCCUGAAUCCAGACUAAAGCAGCGUUGGCAUAUAAAAAAUCAAUAAGAAGUGGGUGGAGCUUACUUUGGGCCAGUGGCAGUGAACCUUACAUUGUGUAGGCCAGGGUUUAUUUCACACCCUUCACGUGCCUGUUAACGUGCGCUGCGUUGUGGAGUAAUUCGCACAUAUACUAGUAUUGACAUCCCGCGCAUUUCACGUUUGGAUGUAAACAAUAAAGUAUCACUGAUAGUUAACAAACGA